AUGUGGCGAGCAGUGGUCGAGGCCGGCUCAGUCCGCAUCAACAUGCAGCGGAUCCAGGCGGAGGACUAUUCUCCCCUGGUCCAAUGCCCGAUGUGCCUGGGCUACGGCCACGGCAGGCGCCACUGCAGAGAGAAGGUGGAGAAGUGCUGCCACUGCACUGUGGUGGUGAGCACCAAAGGGCGAACUUCUUGUAAACAAAAAAGGAUUGAAGUCACAGAUAUAGAGAAAUUCACUUCCACCAUCGAGAAUAAGUGGACAGAAUGGGUAGAAACAAAACACGGUACAACAAACCCAAACGUCAUGUGGGAAAAGGCCAAACAGCUUAUCCAGCAGGCAGCAACAGAGUCUAAAACGCAAUCAAAGGCGCACAAGCGGCAACACUGGAUGACCGAAGGUACUCUUGCUCUUGUUGAAGAGAGACGUCGAAAGAAAGCUCAGGGAGCAGACAUGAGGACUAUUAACAAACUGUCUGCUGAAGUCCAAGCAGCAUGUAGACGAGACCACAACAACUACCUUCAUGCCAUCUGUCACGAAAUCGAGUCUCAUGCUGGAAGUCACGAAUCGAAAGACAUGUACCACAAAAUUCGGGUUAUCACUAAAUCCUUACCAUCUAAAACCUGGGCUAUAGAAAACAGCGAUAAUCGUGUGGUAACAGAACUGGUUGAAAUCUCCGGAACAUGGAAAGGCUACUGUCAGUCGUUAUUCCAGGACCCGCACUGCCGCGAUUUCCCGAGUACUGUCCUUAAUACUGAGGAUCUGGAACCGGACAUUCUCCUGUCUGAGGUUAGAGCUGCAAUAAAACAUCUCAAAAACGGGAAAGCCACUGGAAGAGAUGCCAUUCCCAUAGAAACCAUAAAAGCUCUAGGAGAUGGAAAGAAAAUAGAUAGACGCCCUAGAGAUGUGGUGCUGGAGGAGAAUGCUUGGUGUGUCUUGGACAACGCUGUCCAUGAUUUAACCAACUUCACUAUUUCUGCACUGGACGGCAAAAAGAAGUGUUUGACUUUCUUCCUUGACCUCAAAAAGGCUUUCGACACGGUCUUCAUCCCACUACUUCUGGAAAAGCUGGAGAGCAUUGGAGUAAGAGAUAAGGGCGAAUCGGAAUUCGCAAUUGCUGAGUCCUAUGAUUUGGCCGCUCUUCGACGCAAACGCGCUGCCGUUAAAGGUGUUAUCACCAAAAUGCAUAACGCCCUGCGUGAUCCAAGCGCUUCUGAGUUAGACAAACACGCUUUGUGCGUCAGAGAAGAACGUCUGCGAUCUUCAUUUUCUAAGUGGGAGGACUUACGCCUCGACAUUAUAGCGAUGGAUCCUGAUGACCCCGAGGACGACGUUGAAAAGAAGCGAGCAUUAGCGCUCGAGAAUGUGGAACGAGAUAAGGUGGUGUUAGCUCCGAAGGCUGUCCACGUAGCUACUGUGAAGAAGGUACAGCCUGCCAGCGCUGAGAAGAAGAGCUGCAUACUUUUUUUUUUUACUCUUUAUAUACCGAAUAUUUCUGUUAUUCCGGCAACCUGUAAACAAAAACGUGAAACAUGUACGGACUAUAAGUUAUUUGCGGCUAAUAAUAGUGAAAUUAAGACAUUUGGUAUAAAAAACUUGACAUUAAAUUUAAAUCUUCGACGCCCUUAUCAUUGGACUUUUGUAAUUGCUGAUGUUAAUCAGGCAAUAUUAAGUGCCGAUUUUUUGACUCAUCAUAACUUGAUUGUCGAUUUAAAUGCGAAAAAGUUAAUUGAUAAGGAAACUAGGUUACUAACGUUUGGCAACAUAGUUAACAAUAAUACACCAUCAAUAGGGACUGUAAAUGGUGAUCAUCCAUUCCUAGAAUUAUUAAACGAAUUUCCUGAAAUUACUAAACCGAUUUCUUUUAAUAAUCUAGAUAGUAAAUGUACUAAAAAUAAUGUUUUCCACUAUAUAGAGACUACAGGGAAGCCUAUUCAUGCUCGUGCGAGACCAUUGCCGCCCGACAGGUAUCAUAAGGUGAAAGAAUUUAAAUUAAUGCAGGAACUAGGUAUAUGCAGACCAUCGAAAAGUGAAUGGGCCAGUCCUCUGCAUGUUGUGGCAAAGAAGAAUGGAGAAAUUCGCCCAGUGGGAGACUACCGACGUCUUAAUGCGAUCACAAAGCCAGAUCGCUACCCCGUUCCUCGUCUGCACGACUUCACAUAUAUGUUAGCAGGUAAGAAAUAUUUUUCAAAAAUUGAUAUUAAUAAAGCAUAUUUUUUUAUAAAGGUAGCUCCACAGGAUAUUGAGAAAACUGCAAUUAUCACGCCUAUAGGUUUGUUUGAAUUUUUAAGAUUGCCUUUUGGUUUACGUAAUGGUAGUCAAACUUUUCAAAGAUUUAUGUGUGAUAAUGUAUUAAAGGAUUUAGAUUUUGUAUUUGCAUUUAUUGAUGACGUCAUGAUUUCAAGUUUUACUAAAGAAGACCAUGAAAACCAUUUACGUCAAGUAUUUCAGCGUUCUACGGAUUUUGUUAUAACUAUAAAUUUAAAUAAAUGUGAAUUUGGCAAGCAGGCAAUUGAGUUCUUAGGAUAUGAAGUUUCCACAGAUGGCAUUAAACCACUUGAAAAUAAGGUUAAGGUCAUACUGGAAUAUCCGAAACCGGAAACAGUUGAACAAUUAAGACGAUUUUUAGGAAUGGUAAAUUUUUAUAGAGCCAAUAUACCCAACGCUACAAAAUAUCAAUCGAUUUUGAACGAAUUUUUAAAAAACUCUAAGAAAAUAGAUAAAACAAAAAUUAAUUGGUCAGAUAAAUCAGUUCAGGCAUUUGAACAAUGUAAAUUAAGCCUUAAAGAAGCUGUAAUGUUGUCUCAUCCAGUACCGAAUGUACCAUUGUCAAUUAUGUCAGACGCGUCGGAUAAAUUUGCGGGCGCGGUAUUGCAGCAAUUGGUAAAUGGCAAGUGGUUACCGUUAGGAUAUUUUUCUAAGAAGUUUACUACAGCUCAACAAAAAUAUUCUACAUACGAUAGAGAACUGACGGCUAUUUACAUGGCUAUAAAACAUUUUAGAUAUCAAUUUGAAGGUAGGGAAUUAAUAAUAUUUACAGAUCAUAAGCCAUUAACAUUUGCAUUUAAUAAAGGCGAAACUAGUUGCGAAACACCAAAGCGUACUAGGCAGUUAUUAUUUAUUAGUGAAUUAGUGAAUUCACAACGGAUAUUAGAUAUAUCGAAGGCAAGAAUAACAAUAUAG